UUCUCCACGAAGAGACAAGCAAAUUGGUACGGCGGUGCCUUGAGAGAUAUGGUACUUGGCAUGUGAAAUCUAGAGAUAUGGUGCUCUGCUAAGCACUCACGAGUUUCCUACGACUAGAAUUAGGGCAAGACGAAUAGAUUCCUCGUUUGCGUCUAGGGAUCUCGAUUAUCCUUGAGCAACGAUUUUACCUGGGAGCAUGCUUAUGGCGAAUAGGAUUUUUUAGUGAUUAAUGGGAACGAAACUUGGUUUGGCUCUCGUUGAUAAAUUGUUUUGAUUGGGAAACCUCUCUGCUACGGUUGGGGUUGUUAUACUCUGCAGAUUCUUGGGUUUUGCAAUGGGGAAGCAUAGUGGAAAGAAAAAGAAACAGCUAGGAGAAACGUCAUCUGAUACUAGUCCAAAGCAAAACAAAAUUGGGGAGAGCAGUUCAAAAGGCUAUGAUAAGGAUACAGCCAUUUUUAUUUCAAUGUCUCAAGAAUUGAAGGAGGAGGGGAACAAGUUGUUUCAGAAGAGGGACCAUGAAGGAGCUAUGUUGAAAUAUGAAAAAGCUCUCAAAUUGCUUCCGAGAAAUCAUAUAGACGUUUCCUAUCUUCGUAGUAACAUGGCUGCUUGCUAUAUGCAGAUGGGACUGAGUGAGUACCCUAGGGCAAUCCAUGAGUGCAACUUGGCACUUGAAGUUACGCCUAGGUACAGUAAGGCACUGUUGAAGAGGGCAAGGUGUUAUGAGGCCUUGAACAGGCUGGAUUUGGCUCUGAGAGAUGUUAGUACUGUGUUGAACGUAGAGCCAAAUAAUCUCAUGGCAUUUGAGAUUGCAGAAAGGGUUAAGCAGGCACUUGAGAAGAGAGGAUUAAAGGUAAAUGAUACCGUAAUUGAGUUGCCUCCAGAUUAUGUUGAACCUUCAUUUGCCUUGCCAGAGCCAAAAGUAGCUAAAGCAAAGAUGCGGAAGAAGAAGAGCAACAAAGUAGAGGAGAAGAAGGCUAAGGUUGUGAGUGAAAAGAAGGUGGCUGAGGAAAAGGUUGAGGAGAAGAAGGCUGAAGUUAAGGUGGUUGUAGAGGAGAAAAUUCGUAGUGUAAAGGAAGAAGUGCCUACGAAAACUGUGAAAUUAGUGUUUGGGGAGGACAUAAGGUGGGCUCAGUUGCCAGUUAAUUGUAGCCUUCUGCAACUGAGGGAGGUUGUCCAUGAUCGGUUUCCAAGCUCGAGAGCAGUUCUUAUCAAAUACAGGGACCAAGAAGGUGAUUUGAUUACAAUUACUAGUAAUGAAGAACUGCAGUGGGCUGAAACAUCAGCAGAAUCACAGGGUUUUUUCAGGCUGUACUUGGUAGACGUUAACCCUGAGCAAGACCCAUUCUUUGAGAGACUGCAUGAGGAGGUGCAGAAGCCUAGCAUAACACAUAGUAAUAUAGCUGAAAAUGGUGACGCGGUGAAAAGCAAGGAAUUAAAGGUGUCAUCUUGCAUUGAAGACUGGAUAAUCCAAUUUGCACAGCUGUUCAAGAACCAUGUUGGAUUUGAAUCUGACACAUACUUGGAUCUUCACGUAGUUGGGCUGAAGCUCUAUUCUGAGGCCAUGGAGGAGGCAGUUACAAGUGAAGAAGCACAACACCUUUUCGACAUGGCAGGAGCAAGGUUCCAAGAGAUGGCGGCUUUAGCAUUGUUCAACUGGGGAAAUGUACACAUGUCAAGGGCAAGGAAGAGGGUGCAUGUCACAGAAGAUGCUUCAAAAGAACAUAUACUUGCACAGAUCAAAGCUGCAUAUGAUUGGGCACAAAAAGAAUAUAUAAAAGCAGGAAAGAGAUAUGAAGAAGCACUGAAAAUCAAACCAGAUUUCUAUGAAGGCUUUCUAGCUCUUGGGCAGCAGCAGUUUGAGCUGGCAAAACUUCAUUGGUAUUAUGCAAUUAGUUGCAAUGUUGAUCUGGAAACAUGCCCUUCUACAGAAAUUCUACAGCUGUAUAACAAUGCUGAGGACAACAUGGAGAAAGGUAUACAGAUCUGGGAAGAAUUGGAAGAGCGACGCCAAAGUGAACUUUCAGAGCCUAAGGGUGCAAAAACUCAGUUCCAGAAAAUGGGGUUGGAUGGAUUACUUAAAGAUAUAUCACCACAGGAAGCUGUGGAGCAGGCUGCAAAUAUAAGGUCUCAGAUAAAUGUCUUAUGGGGCACCAUGCUCUACGAGCGAUCAAUUGUGGAAUUCAAAUUAGGACUGCCAGUAUGGCAUGAGUGUUUGGAAGUUGCUAUGGAGAAGUUUGAGCUUGCUGGAGCUUCUCCAAUAGAUGUAGCUGUCAUGGUGAAGAACCACUGUUCAAAUGAUAAUGCACUAGAAGGUCUAGGGUUCAAAAUUGAUGAGAUAGUGCAGGCAUGGAAUGAGAUGUACGAAGCUAAACAGUGGCAGAAUGAAAUUCCUUCAUUUCGGCUGGAACCAUUAUUCCGACGGCGAGUUUCAAAAAUUUAUCAUGCCUUAGUGCAUGCAUGAGUUUCAUUUGUUCAAUAGGAGCUUCAACUGCUCCUUUGCCUGGAAUAUAUAGAAUAUCAUACUGAGGCUCCUUGCUGCUUUAACAUUCAGCUUCAACCUUGUAUUUUUCAGAAACAAAAAAAGGGUCACUUCUAGCUGUAGGAUUGUACCGUAUGUAAUUGUUCUAAGAAUACGAGUUUCAACAUCAUUGCAUGGUGGGGACAAGAUGGAGACGCAGGGAUUUGCAUUUUAGUUAGUUUCUGCCUUCACCAUCAAUAUUGCUCCCCCGUUUACAGUAGUUUCUCACACAGUAAAUUGUUUGUAUCUGUUAUUUAAGCAGCUGCAAUAAUACCUGAUUGGGUGGGUUUGCCCCAUGACUUUGUAAUUUAUAGCCUUUUCGGUUUCAGUUCCUAGUUUGUAAUUUUUGGGGAGAACUUUUGGAUUUUCUUGAAUUGAUUUGAAUGGAGUUUGUUCCUUAUUACCAAA